AUGCCCUCUACCGAGCAUCGCCACGUGCGCUCCGGCAGUCUCAACAUCACGCCGCAAAACGGCCACCCGCCCAACAUGCCCUCCGCCGCCCCGCGCUUUGAGGGGGGUCCUCGCAGUCCUCCUAACACUUCUCACGUUCCAUGCAAGUUCUUCCGCCAGGGCGCUUGCCAGGCUGGCAGCGCGUGCCCUUUCAGCCAUGACUUGGGUGCUUCGGCUGAGACCAUUUGCAAAUAUUUCGCCAAGGGCAAUUGCAAGUUCGGUCCCAAGUGCGCCAAUAUUCACAUCCUACCCGACGGGCGCCGCAUCAACUACGGGAAGAAUGGAGUUACGAUUGGCACAGCUCCGAUAGCCCUCGGUGGCGCCCGAGGCAACCCUCCGACCUCAACCCCAUACCACCCCUCCACCACCAGCGCCUUGACUUCGGGUCUCUAUCGCGACGGCGUGCCCGCCUACACGUCUGCAUACCCGUACGGCGACGAUAGACAGCACCACCUCGGCCGUCAGCCCAGCCUCGACAGUGGCCUACCAACCAUCGAUACCACCUACUCCUCUUCACACCCCGGCUCACAAUAUGGCUCACCGCGCGACGAAGAUGCCUCCAGGUUGGGCCUUGGUCUUUCGCCGGUCAACGUCAACGGUCUCUCUGUACUCGAUGCUCCCCUCCCUGCCUCUUUCGACUCACAGGGCAUCUCCAACGCUGCGCGCUACCCUGCCGCGCCGUGGCCUUCCUCCGUUCCCUCCAAAUUUGGCCUCGAGUCGCCGACUCCGUCUCUCAGCAAUGCCAAGGACGACCGAACUUCAGAGACUCUCAAGAGCUUGCACACCUCUGCCUUUGGCAGCAAUGAAUAUCUUUCAGCUUCCAAUGCAGGCCUCGGAGCAGCCCGCCCAGCCACCCCGUCGGCGAGGAGUACUUUGGACGCCGGACUAUGCACUCGAGCCGCUUCGCGAAAGCCCAAGAAUGAUUACGUCCCCCAUAAUCUCCAGGAACUCCUAACACCUGCGGAGAAGGCCCGACGCGGAUCCAUUCGCGCAAUUGACAGCGAACCCGGCAGCGAGAAUGCAACCAAGUUUGGCAGCCCCCUCACGGGUGCAAGUCCGAGCCGUUGGGGUCCUUUGUUCCAGCGCCAGAAGGAGGAGGAGUUGGAGAGUCGUAGCUUCAGCAAGGCCUCGGCUUUUGGCCACGUUGGUAGCCCAUUGCGCAAUUCGGUCCUUUCCAACGAGAUGAGCAACGGUCUCAAUGGAGCAGGGCGCCACACUCCAGGCAGCCGCUCCGGCAGCGACACGACUUCUGCUCUCACCCAGCAGCUUUCGCGAACGCGCCUCGCUGACGAUGGAAACGGUAGCCCUCGCCUCCACCCCAUGAUGGCUGCUGGAAGAACUGUCAGCAACGGCGCGGGUGCGAUUGGCAAGGAGCGUGGUUCGACCAUUGAACGUCACAUCUCCAGUGGUUCCAUUGGAUCAUCCGGACGUUUCACAACCCCGAUCGACGAAGAGGAUCCAGCUUUCGUCUUCAACAUGGAGGAGGACAGCGACGAGCAGCAGGCAGCACGGCAGAGGAAGCGCAUCUCAGCAGGACUCGGCAUGGGAGGCGGCGGCAGCGGUUGGAGCUACGCCGGUGUCUUGUCCGCCAAGACCGUCGCUCCGGGUUCAAGCCUCGCAAAAGAGUCGCGCGAGCCAUCUGUCACAGUGGAGACUGUGGGCGGACGGUAA